CAGGCCACUCGAGUUCUUCCAAACCAACCUUGAGAAUCCAUGUCUUCAUGGACAUAGUUUUUGUGAACAGGGACAUUGUCAUGCUGGAACAGGGUUGGUCCUCCUAGUUCCAGUGAAGGGAAAUUGUAAUGCUACAGCAUACAAAGACAUUCUAUACUAUUGUGUGCUUCCAACUUGGCAACAGUUUGAGGAAGAAUCACAUAUGGGUGUGAUGGUCAGGUGUCCAUAAACUUUUGGCCAUAUACAUAGUGUACAUGAGUUUUUCAGUUCUAUUCAAUUCAGUUUUAUUUGUAUAGUGCUUUUAGCAAUGGCCAUUGUCCCAAAGCAGCUUUACAGAAAUAUAUAAAUUCAGGAUACAGAUUUUAAGUGUGUGAAUUUAUCCCUAUUGAUCAAGCCUAUGGCGACGGUGGCAACAAACGCCUGAGCUGCUGGUAUUUUGAAAGUCCUGCAGCCUGUAAAAGCGGAUGUGACGUUUGACAUCUUUGGUCGUCCGAGAUGUUUCACUCGGCACAGUUAGCAACGUCUUUGGUGUUAGCCAGAAUAGCCUCCGAGUCAAGAAUAAACUGGUAGCAAUUUAAAACAACUGCAUUUAUGUUGAGGCACAAUGUCGCAGUAUGAACUAUUUCAGAGCCAAACCAUGUCAAUAAUGACGCUGUUAACAGACAGAGCGCGUGCUGAGAUCCGCAGGGUUUAUCAUGAUAACACAGAUACAGAGAAAGAGCUCAAGCUGGCACAGCUUAAUGCUAUCAUGGAGUUUUUGGUGAAGGAGGCAGCACGGAAAAUCUGCCUUCUGUUCAAGUUAUGCAGUGAAGAGAAAGAGUGUAAUGUAGUGGAUUUGGACAGUGCGUCUGAAAGAUCAGGAAAUGUACAGAGUCAGCCUGAGCCGAAGGAACCAGCUACACAACCUGAAAAUGCUCAAACUACGAUAUCCGGAGGAACUGUAUAUAUCUUAGUGAGUGGGAAAGAACCACCUGCUUUACCAAGGACUACAACUCCACUGCAAGAUGUCCUCGCAGAAGAUGAGUGUCCUGAUACUCAGGAGCUUGAAUCUACCACAACCAUGAGCUCUUCUUUGAAGCUGGAAGAAAAUGGAAAAAAGAACCAAACCAUCUUCAUAGUGAAAGGCUCUUUUUCUGCUGAAGCUAAAAAUGCAGUAAAUACACCAGCUGUACAAUCCCCUGUUCCACCAGACGAGCUGAAGAAGAACAUGUCCUAUAAAUGUGAUGUGUGUGAAAGGACUUUUACAAUGAAGCGUUACCUAAUGCGGCACAAGCAAGUACACUCCAAAACAGCCCCUCACACCUGCAACAUGUGUGGGAAUAAAUACAGAUUUUUAAGAACACUGAACAAGCACCUCUUGUCUCAUGGCAAAAAGAAGAGGGAGGCACAUCCGUGCAAAACAUGCGGCAAAAGCUAUGUAAACCUGGACAAGCAUGAACUCGUCCACUUAAAUGUAAAGCCAUAUCUUUGCGGCGUGUGUGGAAAAGGCUUCACUCUAGAGUCAGUUUUACUGGUACACCAGAGACUCCAUAGUGGAGAGAAGCCGUUUCAGUGCGAGACGUGUGGGAAACGCUUCACACAAUCCAGCACCCUUCACAUUCACAAGAGGGUUCACUCAGAAGUGAAGCCCUGGAAGUGCAACCUGUGCGACAAGACUUUCAAGAGGCAGUCCAGCUUGAAAAAGCACGAAAUAGUCCACACUGGAGAGAAGCCGCACACAUGCGAAACGUGUGGCCAGAAGUUUGGCCAUAGGGAAAAUCUGAAAAGACAUGUCCUUCAUCACAUGGGCAUAAAGCCUUAUGUGUGCAAGGUCUGUGGCAAGCACUACAGUCAGAUGAGCUCUCUAAAGGAACACAUGCCGGUGCAUGGAACAGUCAAACCCUUCAUGUGCGAGACAUGUGGAAAGACCUUUGUGUACAAUUAUGCCCUAAAAAAUCACAUGUGGACACACAAGGAUAUUAGAAAAGGACACAGGGCUGAAAAGAACCCUCAGUGCUGCGAAGUCUGUGGGAAAUGCUACAGCUCCUCUUAUGCUUUGAGAAUGCAUCAAAGGCUUCACUCGGAGGACAAUCCGUUUAACUGUAAGGUGUGUGGGAAGACUUUUAGCAGUAUGUCUGGCCUGUAUGCACACGAGCAGCAUCAUACUGGGGUGAACGUUUUCAGGUGUGAGCUAUGCAAAAAGACUUUUGUUAACAAGGCGUAUCUGAAAGUGCACAAAUUUUUGCAUACCAAAGAAAAACUCCAUAAAUGUUUGCUUUGUGGAAAAGGAUUCAGUCUGCCCAGUGGACUUAAGCUGCAUAUGCUGAUUCACACUGGCGAAAAACCACAUAAGUGUGAAAUAUGCGGCCUGUCUUUUCGCUUAUUUGGAAAUUUACGGAGGCAUAAUCGCGUUCACACUGGAGAGAAGCCAUUUAGUUGUGAAGUUUGUGGGAAAAGCUUUAGCCAGCCAAACAAUGUGAAGGCUCACAUGCAGAUGCACACUGGUAUAAAACCAUACGCUUGUCAGAAAUGUGGGAAGAAGUACGCUUAUGUUAGGAAUUACAAUGUUCAUAAAUGUGUGUCUCUGUAAAAAAAAAAAAAAAAAAAAAGGGUAACAUGCCGUGUCAUUGGUCAGGCUGCCAUAGGUACUGACAUGUAGUUUAUCUUAAAUAUAAGAAUUUCAGUAGCAGAGUUGCCAACAUUUUUAACAAGAAGUUCUUACCAUGCAGAGAAUUGUAACACAUAAUUCCUAACAUAAGUAUUAUAUAAGUCUGAUAUAAUAAUAAUAAUAAUAAUAGCAACAGCAACAAGAAACAAAUGUGCCUUUGUACAUCUUUGAUGGUUUUGUGAAUUGGCUUUUUAUUUGCGUCAGGUCUGAUGACUGCUUUAGCUAAAACAGCAGAAAGAUGUAGAAAAUAGAAAAACUUGAAAUGCUACAUUUUCAUGAACCCUUUCGGAAAGCUAAGAUAUGCCCAGAACAAGGGGCGCUUAUUUAUAUAUUUAUUUGAAAUACUGAGAGGAGUUAUAAAAUUUACAGCUGCUCAGCUCCAUGGCUUUUUUCCACUAAUGCAGAUCAAGAGGAACACAACUGUGUGUGUGUGUGUCUUAAGUCACUGACUUUAAAUACAAGUAGCUCUUUGACCAACUCUGACAUGUGUUUACUCAUGAAAAUAGUAAUUAACUGAAUCAAUAAAGCAUAUUUAAACCAUCAUUUGAAUAUCUAGCCUGUAAUAUAAAGCCUGGAGUUUUACUAAUGUUUUUUUUCUUCAUAAUUAUGAUAAAUAACAUAAACAGGGUAUUAAUGCCUCCUGUGCCAGAUUUUUAGCACAAUGCAGCAGUGAGUUUAAAAUGGAAAAUUUGUGUGUGCGCACACACAUGUGGUUGAGUGGGGGUUGGGGCCGGGUGCUUAUGAGUGGCUGGGUGUAUGCUUAUGACCUGAAUUUAGGGGCAAACAAAAUCAAGUCCUCUGACUUUUACACCGUAGUAUUUGAAAAGACAAGCACAUAAAAACUUUGAAUUUUGGAAGCAUUUUAUUUGUAUACCAUUUAAUACACAUUAUAUGCAAAACACAAAGCAGCUAGAUUUUGUUAAGGUUAUACAAGAUGCUGCAUUGCAUGUUUGAGGCUAAAACGUUAUUAAAACAUUGAUAUUUAUAGUCACAUCAUAGUCAAAUUUUUAAAAUUCUGUUUUACAGCUUAACAUUUGCAUACUGAGGCUGAUACAUCUUUUGUACUACAGCAGUUUGAAACAAAAUAAAUUUGUACAAAAACUGUGA